GUAAAACGUCAAAUUAUAUUGUCUGUGGUUUAGGGUUUUGGCCCUUUCAUUUUUCUGGAUUCUUUUAUCAAACAUCAAAUACGCAGAAAGAAAACAGCGAGAACGCUGUGUAAAAUUGAAUUGAAUAUCUUAAAGUUAAUCAAGUCUCUAGGCUUUUUCUCGACGUUCAAAAUAAUAAGAUCUUUCUAUCAAUACCAACUGGAUUGAUUUUUACACCAGAUUUAAAAAAAAUAUUUAAAAACAUCAUCUUGAAAAAAAUUGCAUUAAAAUGAGUUACAACUACAAGGAUCAUGCCAUGGCUUUUGCUCAGUUUUUGCCAAAUAUGGUCAAGUUGGACGAAUUACAAAAGAUUACCCAAAAUUUAGACCAAGAACUUGCUGAAUCGCAAAAGAUUAUGAAAGAGAUCAAAACUAUGUUUGAUGCUGCAUCUAAAGUAAAUGUUGCACAAGUAAACAAAAAGGAUAAUAUUGUAACACAUACGAUUACUUCAGAAUUUCUAGACGCGAGUGUUCCCAAUUUGGUCAUGUCAGACAUGAAAAAUGAAGGCGAACAUCAAUAUUCUGAGGAGGAACUGCAAUCUCUGAUAGCGGUUAUGAAGAAUUAUGCUGAAAAUCUCAGAAACGAAGUUGCAAGUUCGCCAUCACAUAGCUUUGACAGUGCGAAAAAAUUUGAGAAGAUAGAUCUGAAGGAAUAUGCAAUGAAUUUUGACCAAGUUGCUAAAAGUCUGGCCAACAUCAAAUUUAAUACAGAUGUUAACAAUAGAAACCUAGAACUGGAAGCAAAGUUGGCACAGUUGUGCGAAGAUGUUCAUUCAUUUACUCAGAUGGUUGAAACAAAAACAGCUAUAAGUGAGUGCAACAAAAACUGGACAGACAAUCAACAAGGAAGUAAACAGAGAAUUGCCUUGUAUUAUGAUGAAACCAUCAACAAAUUACUGAAUGGAAUAAAUGAAGUCACAUAUCUACUAAAGAAUAAACAUUGAGCUUUGUAGAUUCAGACAGCUUAUGAGGAUUAAGUUGAAAAACAGGUACAGGGGAAUUCCAUGUUAUAUUUAAUGGAUAAACCCAAUAUACAAUCCCUAAGUUUGAAAUGAAUAUUAUUUACUUUGUAUUGGAGAUAAGAAUAUUAAUCACCCUUAUUAUAAUCCUUUGAUAUGAUGAUAAAAUAAGCAAAAAUGGUUUGAUAAUUAUUAUUCUAUGUCUGCUGUCAAUGAUCUUGUUUAUUAAA